GCAGCGUACAAAGAGAAGAUUGGCCUGAAGUGCCAGUUUCUUAUCGAGCCCAAGCCUAAAGAGCCCUGCAAACAUCAAUAUGAUUACGAUGCCAUGAGCGUUAUAGGAUUCCUGAAGCAUUUUGAGCUUGACAGCUACUUCAAGUUAAAUAUUGAACCGAAUCACACCACUUUGGCGGGACAUUCUUACGAGCAUGACAUCAUUAUGGCUUCAGCGUUUGGUAUGCUUGGCUCAGUGGACUCUAAUACUGGGUCUCCUGAUUUGGGUUGGGACACAGACCAGUUCCCUAUGGACAUCAAGAACACCACUAUGGUGAUGAAGUGUGUAAUUGAACAAGGGGGCCUGCAGCCUGGGGGGCUGAACUUCGACGCCAAAGUACGGCGAGAGUCUACGGACCUGGAGGAUCUGUUUAUCGCACACGUUGGUGCCAUGGACACCUUCGCUCGGGGUCUGAGGAGCGCGGUGCAGAUCAUCGAGGAGGGCGUGAUUGCUCAGAUGCUGCAGCAACGCUACCUGAGCUUCAGCAGUGGAAUUGGCAGUAUGGUGGAGGAAGGCACAGCCACGCUAGUGGAACUGGAGGAGUUUAUCAAGCAAAACGGAGAACCAAAGACCACGUCAGGGAAACAAGAAAAAUACGAAUCAAUUUUUAACCAUUACUUGUAAAGACAAGCCUGUCUUAUAUAUUUGAAAAUCUAUUUUGAUUCAGUGCCUGCAAAUAAAGCUGUGACCCCAUUAGCUGGCAUGUAGAGCUACAUAAUUUAUUUAAUUACCUUUUUUGCAUAAUAGCAGUUAUAAACUAUUUAUACAUAAAGCUUUAUAUGCAUUAUAAGUGUCCCUAGAUACACAUGGAAAUAUGAACUAUAUGCUCACUGAUCUUUAACAAAAAACUAAAAUUGUAUAAUUAAAUAUAUUUACUUUUUAGUCAGGGUUUUCUGUGUUGUGGGGAAUAAUGGGGUCAGGUGUUUAUGCCCAGGGCUCUUAUUAAAUUAACCACAUUAGAUUCGAGAUGUGUUAAUUAAUCCAUUGGCAUUUGCCUGUAAUUUCAUAUAGUCUGCUUUAAUUAUUCAACAUUUAGUGAAUACUGUAGUUAGAUUAUUAAAGGUGAUGUUGAUGUUGAUUCAUUAUGCGGGAGCAUGUUCUACUUUUUACUAAUGCUUUUCUCUCCACCAUUCGAGAAGGAAACCAGUGUUAAAUGUGGAGAAACAAUAGAGGCAAACAGUGUUGAGAAGCAUCAAGGGAUGUUAGGUUAAAAUUGUACAGUGCACUAGAACUUCUCUUGAACUGAGAGCCCUCUGAGGGGACCUGUUAAAAGUACUGAUCGUCUUGUUUGAAUACAGUGUUGUGUCCUAGGCACAUCUUAAUACUUAAGGUUGGUGGAAUGUGUUUCAAGAAGUGACAGGAUGGGGAUCAAUUCUGGGAUCAAUUAGCUACUAACAAAUGGCAUGCUCUCUUUUGUGAACAACUCUCAGGUUCUCUCCACAAGGACUCCAGUUAAGAUCGAAAAUCAAUGUGUGGUAUUCUAAAUUAAAGUGUGAUUAGAUUAGAGAAGAAGCUGAACUAUGGGUCAGCAGAUCGACUGAGUACAUUGACAGUGAAGACCUUCUUUGUGACUUGACACACUUCCAGGCUUGGGGGUGGAAUGUUUCCCUUCGUUUUUCAGGUGUCCCCAGAAAUCUGCUGCCUCAGGAAUGCCUUGCCCUGUUUUUGUUACAGUUCUGCUGAAUUGAUCGUUGAUGAAUUAGUUCUUUUCAAACUCUUUUCUGUUCUGAAACAGUGGGAGGUUUCAGAGUACCUGUACAAUGUUUAUAGAGAAACCUGAAAUCUCACUUCAGACAUAGAACACGACGAAUAUUUAAUUGAGAAAAUAAUUGGGCUUAACUGCAGGACCGGUUGUAAGGCAGUACAUAUUGUAAAAAAGCAUUAUAUUCUGAUCCUAGUAAAGAUGAUUCAAUAGCAACCAUCCACACACGGAGAGACUAGAUAAAUAAAAGUAUGUACAAAAUACACAAGGAACACGAAUCUGAUAAAGGCAGAAUGAUAAACUCGUUAUCACACCACGAAAAUAUCCUGACGAAUACUUUUAAAUGCAUAGUUCACAGCACAUUCCUUUCGGGUACAUAAUGGUACUGGUGUAUUAAGAAAAUUAAACACACAAAUAAAAACAUGUUUCUUGAUGGAACACUUUGUCAGGCAGGUUCUAGGAAGCGAGGUGAUGCUGUAACCGUGUUUCCAGCCCUCCUUGGCUGACAGAUCAGCCUGUACUGCACAGGGGGACGACACUGGCGUCUGACGCGGGCCCACCUGCCCCAUGACGUCACAUCAGACUAGAGCAGACCUGACUGUCAGCUCGGCCACCGGCAGGACCGGAUUGGCCAAUGGCCAGAUAGCGUGAGCUCUGCUCACCGCUCUGCGGUCUCUGAUUGGGUACUGCGAUGAAGAAAGGGGCGGGGAAGAGUGCGGUCCGGGCACGCGGCUCAUUAGCAUAGACUCCUUAUUACCAUAAAAUAUUCAGCAUCCCACGAGAGUGACACGCCGGCUAGGUUGCAACUAUUCUGGUCACCAUCAGAAAAAAAAUAUAAACUCACUUUUCAUGUUACAGUUGCACAGUUGUCUGUGAAGGUCUUCGGGAAAGAACUACAAUUUAUUUAAGAGCUGGGUUAUUCAAGUCUGUUUUUUUUUUAGUACUAAUGAUAUAAAUACUGAAUAUCGGAGGACAUUUGGGGACGGAUUAUUUCUUUAAUAUCAUUAUUAUAAGAACAACAUUAUUUUUAUUAUUUAGAAGACAGCUGAGCAAUAUCUUAACCAUUAUUUCCGUGGCUUCAUUUCUUCUCACAUUGGUGUCCUGGAUCCAAAAUAACAGCUGAUCCGGCGUCUGUUCGGCGAUGACGAGCAGAUUCGUUCACUAAAAGGAAAAAAAA